AUGGGUGAACACUCGAAAGCACUGGAAUAUUACGAAAAGUCGAUUAAAAUCAAAGAAAUAUCUCUGCCGUUGGCUCACCCCGAUUUGGCUACUUUCUGCAGCUGCAUUGGUGGAGUGUAUAGCAAGAUGGGGGAAUACUCGAAAGCACUGGAAUAUUACGAAAAAUCACUCAAAAUAAGAGAAAAAUCUCGUCCUUCGACUCCUCCCGAUUUGGCUACUCUAUACAACAACGUGGGUCAAUUAUAUGGCAAAAUGGAAGAGUACUCAAAAGCACUUCCAUUUUUGGAAGAGGCACUUGGUAUCUUUGGAAAGUCGCUUCCUUCAACACAUAUAAAUAUUAAAAUCGUGAUGAAUGCUAUUGAUCGUGUGAAAGAGAAGUUGUAA